ACGGCAUCAUCGUCAAUUAACAGGGCAAGAAGUCUGUCGUCCGUCAUGAGGAUGCAGACACAGAUAAACACACGCCGCACACAAACGUACUACCGAGUGUCUCCCCAGACACACACGCACCACACACGGGUCCAUCCAUCCAUCCAUCCAUGUGUCCAUGCAUGGUCAGAUGAUUUUCUUUGAUCGAAAGAAUGUCCUAAAGUAGUAGAUCUGCAGAGCGGACACGGCGACCAUGAGUGCGACGUUGAAGAGAGUGAACCCGAUGACGCGGAAGGCGGUAUUGUCGUUGGUCUUCCUCAGGCCCUGCUCCCUCUCGCGCAUGUACAGGAUGAUGUUGUGGUACAGACGCAACUCCUCCUCGAUCUUCUUCAAAGACACCGUCAUCUGAAUGCCACACAAAUCACAUCCACCACACAGACAGAACACACACAGUGACACCAACGGCACAUACAUACACAGACACACGCAAAUGGAAGGGCAGGGCAGGUGGUGUUGACUAACGUACCGGUUCGAGGUGUUCUUUUUUGGCGAUUGACGAGUAGUCCCUGGCCUGUGCGCCCCAUGCGAUGUUGAGCUUCACAUUGAUGCCCUUGCGGCUCAAAUUCUGCACGCAAAACAUGUGAGUUCCCGCCUGCAGCACACCAGCAACCACACCACACAGACACAUUAGAUCUCGCUGUGCCAUACGUGUGUGCGUCCACGUGUGUGCACCUGGUUGGUUGUGAAUGCGGUUUUGAUUUCCAUCUUGUCCUUCUCCGAGAAGAUGGUGGCGCUGGGGUCCGCCACGUUGACCGACAGCAGCCCGUCGGUGGUGACGAACUCUGCAAUGAGCAGCGUGCCCUUGCCCAGCUCCUCGCCGUAGCACUUCUUCUGACUCGCGUUGAGGUCCACAUGAAUCUCUAUCGCCUCACACACCAGCAACACCAGCAGCACGCACACCCAGACCAGCUGCCACAGCAUGGACAAGACAGAUCUUCUCAUGAGUGCAUCACAGAGCUGGCGCUACGCCAUCUGGGGGGAAGGAGAAAAGAAG